AUCCGAAACAAAAAAUUCCCUCCUUCCCUCGGUUUCUGCUGUCUCUCUUAACCCCCACUUUCCCCACUCCUGCAUUCUCUCUCUAAACACAUUUUCUCUCUCUAGCCUUCGAAUUAACUAAUUAUCUUUUUUACCAAUCAACUAAUUUCUUCUCUCUUUUACUCCGAUUUUUAAUUUUAGGUUUCAUUUAUUAUGUCCGGCGGCGCUAAAGCCUCAACCAGACCGGCUGCGGCGCCGCCUCCAUCAGGACCGAUCCAGCCUCCUUUAACGCGGCAGCUUGCAUUUGCUACGAUGAAGCCAUCGUUUGUUCCUCCUGAUGAUUAUCACCGAUUUUCUUCACCGAGUACUAGUAGAGUCACCGCCGACCGGGAUGCCGAGGCUAUUGUUGUGAGAUCUCCUCAAUUAAAACGGAAGAGUGCAUUGGAUGAUAAUGGAGUUGGCUCCAGCAAUCGUGCUAGCAGUCCUGGAUCCACUAGCAUAUCUAAUAUUUCCUUAAGGACACCUGUAUCAGCAAAAGGAGGAAGGACAUACAACAAAUCCAAGGCCUCAAAGGGCAGUGGAGCAGGACCUCAAACCCCGGUGUCAAAGGCUGAUUGUGCUUCUCCUCUUACUCCAGCUGGCAGCUGUCGUUAUGAUAGUUCCCUUGGUCUUUUGACAAAAAGGUUUGUCGAUCUAUUUAAACAUGCUGAUGAUGGAAUUCUUGACCUAAACAACGCAGCCGAAACCUUGGAGGUACAAAAGAGACGGAUAUACGACAUAACAAAUGUCUUGGAAGGAAUUGGUCUCAUAGAAAAAACACUCAAGAACAGAAUACGUUGGAAGGGUAUUGAUGCUUCAAGGCCAGGGCAGGUAGAAGGUGAUGCAACUUUGUUACAGGCAGAAAUUGCAAAGCUUACUAUGGAAGAGCACACACUAGAUGAUCAAAUAAGAGAAAUGCAGGAACGAUUGAGAGAUCUGAGUGAGGAUGAGAACAAUCAGAAGAGGCUUUUUGUGACUGAAGAAGAUAUCAAGAGUCUGCCUUGUUUCCUGAAUGAAACCCUCAUAGCAAUUAAAGCUCCCCAUGGAACUACUCUAGAAGUCCCUGAUCCUGAUGAGGCUGUUGACUAUCCACAAAGGAGAUACAGGAUAAUCCUUAGAAGCUCUAUGGGUCCUAUUGAUGUCUACCUUGUGAGUCAAUUCGAGGAGAAUUUUGAGGAGAUGAAUAACGUUGAGGCAUCUGUGAGCAUUCCACUUGCUUCUAUUUCAGCAUCCCAUGGAAACCCAAUGACAGAGAUGACCACUGAUGUGAGAACCCAGGGAAGAAGUGGAUCUCUGGCACAACAGGCACAAACUAUGUUCUCUGAUCCUAAUACUACUCAGGAGUUAGGGGGAAUGAUGAAGAUUAUUCCUUCUGAUAUACAUGAUGAUUCAGAUUACUGGCUUCUUUCAGACGCAGGCAUAAGUAUUACAGAUAUGUGGAAGACAGACUCAAAUAUUGAAUGGGCUGAUUUUGGGGUGACCGAUGUCCAAACUCCCAGGACACAAACUCCAUUGCAUGGGAUUACUGAAGUGCCUCCUGGUGUGUAAACCCUAUUCGGAGGUAAAUAUUGACUUAUCCAAUGCAUUGAGGAGAUUCUUUUCCUGUACCAAUCUGCAUCCUUCUAUGCUCGUCAAUUAUGAGUUGGCUUAAGAAAGACAAACCAGGAAAGUGUUAGAAGUUGGCAGAUGAUAAUCCAUGGUUAAUGUUACAUGGUAGAAAUUGACCUCGUGGUCUAUUUGCAAGCAAAUCAAAGGAUAACAAGGGAAGGGAAUUUUGUUUGCAAUGGUGGACGUUCAUGAUGGAAGUUAGUAGUGGUGUAUCUGAUGAUGUUAGGGCACGCACAACACAAUUGAUUUAACAUUUAUUAUUCCAUCAUACAUGUACAUGUUGUUGUUGCUAUAACUGGUGCUGUAGUUUGUCUAGCGUUGGAAGGCAACAGAUCUGGCCAGCCGCCAUUAUAGUGGCGGCAUGCUAUAAGAAUGUUGCCCGGGAACCAGGAUAAUAUUGGGGCAGCAUUGGUUUCCAGCCGAGGGCUAGUUACAUAUUUAAUUUUGUGGACUAAGUUGUAAACAUCAAUAUCAUAUUUCAUUGGGAUGGAAUCAUUCUGCUUUUGUGGCCGUAA